AUGGCGUCAGCAAUUCAAGAUCAAGACCCCAGCUCGUCGUCGUCCUCGGAAGCAUCGACGAGCUACAAGUCGAGACUGCCGGACAAGAAGACGUUCAUCGCAACGCUUUCCGGCGGCGCCUUUGUCGUUGGUCUCACGGGUGCGACCAUCUAUGGGUUGCGCAAGGCAAAGUUGCAGGCGUUGAAGGAGGCACAGAAGCUAGCGGAGGUAUCACAGAGUGGAUCGCUUGCGAGAGCGACAGCGUCGGCAGGCGGUGCGCGCGCGGCGGUGCCAGCUUCGUUGUCGCGGACCGACAGGCAGGCAGAGGCGAGAAGAGUAGAAGAGUUGAGCGAAGCGGAAGCCGGCGGUUCCACGAGUGCGAUGGGAUUGUUUCGUCAGAUGAAUGCUGCCAUCUUGAACCCGUCAAAAAGGGCAAGCGUUGCAACAGAGGUGGGAGGGACGAGAGCACCAACGUCCGUGUUUGACGACGAGACGGGCGCUCUACCUAGUGUGCUUCGUAGGCGAGCGCCAGCUCCGUCUGUAUCGUCGACAUCGCGAUCUGUACCACCAUCACCGAUCCUUGCAUCGAGCCCAUCUUCAGCUACAUCAUCGUCAGCAGCAACUCUCUCAAACCCCACCGACCCAAAAAUCGACUACAGCGAGAUGGACUCCACACUCGACUUCCUCGGCCUGUCUAGUCCUGUGCCCCUCGAAGAGCAGCGUCGGAUGAAAGCCCUCGACGAGGCUGUCAGCAACGAAGACCCACCUCGAGGCUUCUUCCAAUCCCCAGUUGGUCUCUCACUCAAAGCGUUCUUCAUCGCCACAUCCAUCGUGACCUUUUCCACGCUCGCCACUCUCGAACUCACCAAAUGGGCGCUAGGUGUCAAGACGAUGGACGAAUUCGUAAUCGCCAUGACGAAGAUCAUCCCUAGCCGGGCACGCGGCGAGGGAGCGCAGGAGGGUGCUGCCCCGCACAUGCGCGUUCAGCGGGAUGCAUGCGAGUCGACCAGCGCAGCAAGUGAAGCGGCAGCAGCGCCAAAAUCGGUCGAUCAAGCUCUGACGGAUCUGAGCAACGCCACGAGCUUCGAAGAAUGGGUCUCGACCCUGCGCAAUCAGCUCGACAGCGAACGCGAUUUCGAAGUCUCGCGUCGUUUCGCCCAUCUUAACCCCAGCAACAGCAACGACUCCACCUCCUCUUCACGUGGGUACGUCGCCCACUCCGUGUUGGAGAAGGAGGACGGCUCGCUCUUCGCCAUCUCCCCCCUCCUACCAGGCACAGCCUUCGCCAUGGGGUUGAUCUCGGGCAUGCUGACGAGCGGCAAACGAGCAGGGCUCGUGUUCAUGGCGGAGAAUGCCCAUCGUCUGCCGGAUACCGUGCAGGGUUGGUACUUCUACAGCAAGACCAAGAACUACAAGGUUCUGCUGGGCGCGGCGAAGGGCGGACUGCGACAGGGUGUCAGGCUGGGACUGUGGACGACUGGGUUCUGCUUUGCCGAGCGCGCGGCGGAAUUGACCAGAUCGGCGGUUCAAGAGCAGUUGGGGACGAGAGAGGGAGAGAGGAAGAGGGUGGUCGGCCACUGGACGGACGGUGCGAUCGCAGGAGUGGGGACGGCAGCGGUAGCGACAGGGCUGUAUAGGCUGCCAAGGGCGAGCGCCGUCAGGGUGUUCCAGCUGGGACUGCUGGCGGGCGCAAGCACGGGCGGCAUCAGAGAUCUGCAGGAGAGACUGGUCAAGGAGGACAUUGGUGGUGUUGCCAGUCAUACCUAG